AUGUCCCGUCGCAAGCAGGUGAACCCGCAGCACUUAUCCUUGACGCACAGGGAGACGGUACAAGCAGAAGCCAAUCAUGACCCAGGAGCGGCGUCGCCUUCCUCGUCCCCCGCGUCCUCCAGCUCCAGCCCGCGCAGGACGGGUCCCGGUGAACACGACCUGCUAACAUGCGGCCAGUGUCAGACCCACUUCCCUCUGGGAGACAUCCUGGUCUUCAUCGAGCACAAGCGGCGUCUGUGCAGGGGGCUCAGGAGUCCAGCCGGGUCCUACUCCAAACCAGGGGAGAAUGGAGGGACCAACGGCCUGGCCAUCUCCCCCCGUGGCCGAGUGCUGGACCUGGGCAGGGGGCCGGUGGAGGUGGGCAUCCAGGUGUCACCGGGAGGACAAGAGGACAUGGAGAGGAGGCUGACUCCGGCUAAAGGCAUCUGCCCCAAACAGGAGAGAGGAGAUAAAGAUGAGCCGUCCAGCUACAUCUGCACGUCGUGUAAGCAGACCUUCACCAGCGCCUGGUUCCUGCUGCAGCAUGCUCAGAACACCCACGGAAUCCGCAUCUACCUGGACCACCACAUGGCCCUCACCCCUCGCAUGGCUCUCCCCCCUCCUCCGGGUGUGGAAGCCCUGCCCCGCUCUCCUCUUCCCACCUUUCUCGGAGACACAUCCAACCCAUUCCACCUCCUGCGCAUGGCUGCACCCCUCCUCAGGGAACACCCCCCUCCCCCGGGGUACAUGGAGACAAGGCUGCCGGCUACGCCACCUUUCGUCAGCCCACCUCCUCCCCCGAGACCUCCCCUCGAGCGGCUGGGCCCAGAAGAGAUGGGGCUGCUGUCCCAGCACCCCAGUGCCUUUGAGAGGGUGAUGCGAAUGGCCCCCAUGGACCCCCCCUCAAUGGACUUCUCAAGGCGUCUGAGGGAGCUGGCAGGAAACACCAACAAUGGCGGGCCCACCCCUCCCCUCUCUCCUAAUCGAGUGCCACCCAUGCAUCGCCUGCUGAGUCCCACCCUAUUCCAGCCAGGGUCUAAGCCCCCCGCCUUUCUCACCUAUGCCCCGCAGCCUCCAACCUCGCAGGGCAGCCACAACUCCACCAGCCCAUCUGAUGCCCAGAACCAAGGCCAGGACGCAGCCACACCGGAGAGCGGCCGUACAAGUGUCAUCUCUGUGACCAUGCGUGCUCCCAGGCCAGCAAGCUCAAGAGGCACAUGA